AUGGCGACAUCUGCAAGAGAUAUAGGUUUCGGCAGGGAUGCCGCGAGCCUGGGUACUUCGCAAGGCCAGAGCUUUUCAACUUCACCAAACACGUCUUUCCAAUCCGCUCCGUCUAGCCAUGGUGGCUCGGCUUUCACAACCCGCGUGGCUCCGUCUCUCAAUGCAAAGCACCUAAAACCUUUUGCCACCGAGGAUAUCAAGGUCUUGCUCCUAGAAAAUGUCAACCAGACAGGUCGUGAUAUUCUAAACAAGCAAGGAUACCAAGUAGAGUUUCUCAAGUCAUCGCUCCCCGAGGAUCAACUUAUAGAGAAGAUUCGAGACGUUCAUGUGAUCGGAAUUCGUUCGAAGACAAAGUUGACGGAGCGUGUGUUAAAGGAAGCACGUAAUCUCAUAGUUAUUGGUUGCUUUUGCAUUGGAACAAAUCAGGUCGACCUCCAGUAUGCAGCGGAGCAUGGCAUCGCAGUAUUUAAUUCUCCGUUUAGCAAUUCUCGGAGCGUGGCCGAACUGGUCAUUUGUGAGAUCAUUGCUCUCGCUCGUCAGCUUGGCGACCGUUCCAAUGAAAUGCACAAUGGCACGUGGAACAAGGUCAGCAACAAGUGUUGGGAGAUAAGGGGGAAAACACUAGGAAUUAUUGGAUAUGGCCACAUUGGAUCCCAGCUAUCGGUUUUGGCAGAGUCCAUGGGCAUGUCGGUUGUUUAUUAUGACGUGGUAAAUCUCAUGGAAUUGGGUACGGCCCGCCAAGUUUCAACACUGGAGGAUCUCCUAUCCGAGGCGGAUUUCGUUACAUGCCAUGUACCCGAGCUUGCUGAAACAAAAAACAUGCUGGGACAGAAACAAUUUGAGCUCAUGAAAGAUGGUAGCUAUUUGAUCAAUGCCAGCAGAGGAACUGUCGUCGAUAUACCUGCCCUGGUACACGCGAUGCGGUCUGGCAAGAUUGCUGGUGCUGCACUUGAUGUGUAUCCAAACGAGCCUGCGGGAAAUGGUGACUACUUCAACAACGAUCUUAACACCUGGGGAACAGAUCUCCGUGCUCUCAAGAAUCUAAUUUUGACCCCACACAUCGGCGGUAGCACCGAGGAGGCGCAGCGUGCGAUUGGCGUUGAGGUGGCAGAGGCUUUAGUCAGAUAUGUGAAUGAGGGCACAACUUUGGGCGCGGUCAAUCUCCCGGAGGUCGCUCUUCGUUCCCUAACCAUGGAUGAACCAGAUCAUGCUCGGGUUAUCUAUAUUCACCACAAUGUCCCGGGUGUUCUACGGAAAGUCAACGAGAUCCUCGGUGAUCAUAAUGUCGACAAGCAAAUGACGGAUAGUAGAGGUGAUGUUGCCUAUCUGAUGGCCGAUAUCAGCAACGUCGAUAAUACGACGAUCAAGGACUUAUACGAAAGACUUGAAAGCCUCUCAUCCCGGAUAAUGACGAGAAUAUUGUAUUAA